AUGCUACAGCAGAUGUCCUCGCCGCCGAGCGCACAAGUUGGCGAGGCCGCGACUCUCUUCGGGCGCUACCUUGAAGGCCGCGCCGAUGGAGACGUCUCUUCAGAAGCCUCCUCCGACGCCGCUGAAGAUUUCGAGUUACCACAGUGUAAAAUAAGAAGGAACUAUAAUUGCACUAAGUGCACGUUUUAUACACAGAACCCGCGUGCUUUUCUCGUUCAUACGCGUGACGCUCACUUUGUGAAACUGAAAAUUUUCGAUUGUCCACAUUGUGUUUACGCAUCCAAACAUCACCAAAAACUUAUAAGACAUAUAAAAAUGGUUCACGAAGAAGUUGAAACACGAACUCCGAAAUCUAAUUCAUUAGCAAAAUUAAAUGUUGAGGUACCCAACUCCACACACGAUGAUCAAUCUAUGUGUGUAGAAGAUUUGUUAGAAGAAGUAGAAGAAUGUGAAGAUAUGAUGAUGGAAGUUGAAGAAGAACCCGACUACUCAAUAGAACAGGCCGACGACAUCGACGUCGUCGACGACUUAACAGCAGAGCAAUCAGCGCCCUCAAACCUAUUAAAAACAAAGAAUAACGUUAAAUUUUUCACGUGCGAUAAGUGCACCUAUGUUACCCACAUAAGAGCUAGAUUUACUAAACACGUCAAGUACCACUCUAUGCCUAUGAUCAAGUGUACUAUGUGUGACUUCCGGACUCCGUAUAAGUGGAACUUGGACCGGCAUAUGAAGAAUCACGGUGGGAGCGGAAGUUUUCAUUGUUCCAUGUGCAACUUUACUGCGGACAUCAAACAGAGUUUGACGGUUCACGAAAUGAAUCAUCACACACCGCCAGCGGGCCAAUCGUUGGUGGGUCGCCGUCGCAACCGGGUGGGUGCCAGCGACACGGUUAUCGCCGAGUACGACGCAGCGAGCGCGGCGCUCCCCAAGGAGGAAGAAGGGAGCGGCGACUCGCGGUCCUCACACUCGGUCUCGGAAAUGGGUCUACAAUACGCUGACAGAGAAAUAGUUGGCUGCAAAAGCGACUCUAAUGAUGGCUCACCCUCCGAAGCCCCAGACAAAAGGGAUAGUCAAAGUUCACCCAACCAGAGUUCAGAUGAGUCCAAACAAAAACAUAACAGAAAAAUUCCACGACCAAUACCGCAACUCAUUCCAUUGAAUUCCUCAACGCCCAAUCAGAAGCAAACAACUACUGGUGAGCCACCGCAAAAAAAAUUCAAAGAAUCUUUACCCGAGGACUUAACUGAUACGAAAUCAAACAGAACUGAAAUUUUAACCACUGAUAUCACUUUAUUUCCUGUCAAUAAUUCAUCAAGUAAAGAAUUAGGUGGACGCAAGAAAAAUGAAUCCUUUUUUGAUAGACUUAAAGAACGGCUGCUUACUGAGACUGGGGCAGAAGGCUCUCUUGUAUGCAAGAAUUGUGGGUUUGAAAGUAAAUGUUUAUCAGAACAUUCGGUACACGAGAAAAAUUGCUCGCCACAAGCUAAUCGAACGACUGCAAAUGCGCCGCAUUCAAGCUUAAGUUCUACACGAUGUCAAAAUUGCAGGCAUAGAUGUAAGUCGAGUGCAGAUUUAUAUGUUCACAUGAAAACUUGCGGCAAAAGUGACAAAGUUGAACACGACAAUAAUUGCCAAAAUAAAAAUGAUGACAGCAAUGACACCACUACUACUAAUCAAGAGAAAGAGUUAGAACGCCAUCCUAUGGAAAAUGUUGUUUUCGUUUGGAAUAACAUUGAUCAAGAUACCAACAAAUUUGACACUCCUUUAGGUAUCAAUAUAAACGAUGACUCUACUUUACCGGGAGCAAACCGGAACUUUGAUGUAGAGAUCAUUGAUGAAAAUGAAAGCAUGAAUUUAUCACCAAGCCAAGCAGUCGGGAGAAAAGUAUUUAAGUGUCCACACUGUCCAUUUUUCUCCACAACCGCUUCAAGAUUUCAUGUCCAUAUUGUUGGCCACUUGAACAAAAAGCCCUUCGAAUGUUCUUUAUGUAAAUAUAAAUCAAACUGGCGGUGGGACAUUACGAAACAUAUAAAACUAAAGUCUGCAAGAGAUCCGGAACACAACGAUGCUAAAGUACUAAUGACUGAUGAGACAGGAAGAAGGAAUUACAGCAAGUAUAAUAAAUUUCUGGCAAUGCCAGUAUUAAACGAAUUUGGAGAAAAUCAGUUCCACUAUUUGGAUUGUAACACAUCGAUAGACGGAUCCAUGGAAAUCGAUGAUUCAUUCCAUGAUAUGUCAGAUGUUAUGAGUGCUCAUUAUGAAAUGCAACCCCUGAAUCUGCAAACUCAGUACGGUGACGAGAAGUAUGACUUGCUUGAUGGGAGGGGUCUAAGUUUCAAUGAUAUGAAGAAACCUAAGAAAACUUUGUGGAAAUGUAAAAAAUGUAAUUAUAAGGACCCAUCAAAAGAAGCUCUAUUAGAACACGUUCGUGAGCAUUCUAAGGAUGGAAUGCAGGAAGAUCAGCUCAAGCCUACCGCCUCUAAAAAAACUGAAAAUACUCCCGAUCCAGCUGACUUGGCGUAUCGUUGUGGCCACUGCCACCAACUCUCUAACUGGAAACAUGUGAUACAGCGACACUGCCGUUUGAAGCACGAUGGCGUAAUAAAAGUUAUAACGACAGUGAAACCAAAACCAGACCCCGUGAGCAUAAAUGACAUCAACGACACGUGUAAUAAAUGUCCCUUCAGAUCAAGCGAUAAAAAACUGCUUAUUGCCCAUCUACAACAACAUCAGCCAUCACCGCAAUCAGUAUUUAAAUGUUACUUUUGUCCCUAUUUCGUAAAAGAUGAAAACGAGCUGUCGCAACAUCUUCUUGUACACGGCAUCACGGAACCUGAAGAUUACAUUUCAAAAGCCAUGGAAGACAAAUCACCUUUACAAGAACAGCAAUCAAAUCCCUCAUCAUGUUCAACGAAACGUCAUAGAUGUACAGAAUGCCCAUAUGAAACAAAUAGCAAGUCUCAAUACAUGUACCAUGAACAGUUUCACCGCACACCUUCAGACACACCUUACAAAUGUCCAGAGUGCAACUACAGCGUGUCCAAGAGACAUCUAUUGCACCAACAUUUAAGAGUUCAUGGAAUAAUCACAAAAAGGUUGGACGUAGAAUAUGGUUUAGAGCAGCCAUCGACAUCACAGAAUAAAACUGAUGGUAAAAUAGAUUCUGAAGGCAAUAUUUAUGAAGAAAUACCGUACGUCUGGGUGUCUGCUAAGAAUGAGUUCCAUAAAAUGUACAAAUGUCGAUACUGUUCAUACGUUAAUUCUAUGAAAUGCAAAAUUCCAAAUCACGAAAAUCUUCAUUUUCUUGUUUUUGAAAAUAAUGAUACAACCAUUUAUAAGUGUCUGGAAUGCAAAUUCACUUGUAAUAAUGCCGGUAGGCUUGCAGAGCAUUCUAAAACACAUGGAGAAAUAUAUGGUCGUAUUUACUGUCCUGUUGAAAAUGACGUUCCAGAUGAUGAACAAAUUGCAAAGUUAAGAAAAGUUAUUGAAAUGGAUAAGGGCAUAGAAAACUUUCCCAAAGAAGAAGGAUUAAAUGAGAGCAGAGAGAUCAAAAUGUUAUACUUUUGUCACAAGUGUCCAGCCAGAUUUUUCGAAGAUACUGAAUUAGAAAGUCACAUUACUUUCCAUGACUCCACAUUGCCAAAUAAAUGUAAGAGCUGUGAGUAUUCGGUAUCUGAAGAAAAUGAUUUAGCAACACACGAAACAGUGCACACAGAUGAAUAUCAUACAAAAACUAAAAUUCUAAAAUUUCUGCAUAACUCACAUCCUACUUACAAGCAGCCUCGAUUAGAAAUGGCAUCUAUUUCUUCCGAAUCUGAAAUCAGAUGGAUAUCUAUUGGACCAACGGUUGAAAAUAUUGAAAGAAAUACAAAAAAAUCGCAUGAUACAAAACAUGUGCCAAAGCAAUAUUGUUGUAAGCUAUGCCCUGCUAAAUUCUUUAAAAGUUCAGCUCUAAACUAUCAUGCAGCCUUACAUGGAGGAGAAGGCGAUCAUAAGUGUAGGAAAUGUAAUUAUGCUGUCAAAAACAUAGGCAACCUUGCUAAACAUGAGAUAUUACAUGAAAAAGAAAACAAACCUUCAAAUUGCGAUUAUGAGUCUGGUGAAGACAUGGAUUAUAAGAAUAUUCCACUAUCAGGCACAGAUUUGUUCCAGAGAAAGACUGAAGCUCAGAAAAGGGUGUUAAUAGAUAAAGAUAAAUUAGUUAAGCCAAAUGAUCAUUUUCCGCCUGUCUUACAAGCUGAUCCACAAUUCGGAUAUUUGAUGCACGGUAAUCCUGAAUUUAUAUAUCCCACUUAUCUGAAAAAUGGCCGACAAAAAGAAAAACGUUAUAAGUGUCAUAAAUGUCCCUCAGCAUUUGAGAAACGAGAACAAUAUAAAAUCCAUCUUUCGUUACAUGGUUCCAAGCAAAGAUAUAAAUGCGAGUUAUGCGAUUAUUCUGUGAAAUAUUAUGCUAAUUACGUGCAACAUAUGAGGAAACAUCAAAUGAACGAUGAGGCACAAGCAGAAAGAAAGAAAGGUAACAAUGGUUUUGUUAUGUCUGAAAACCAGGACAUUAAACAAGAUGACAGUACAGAUAAUAUUAAACUUGCAAUUAAAACUAUCCCAAAAGGACCUCCGAAAAGCGAUUUCCAACAAUUCUCCAUAAGUGACCAGCAAACUCUUCGACUAUUACAACGGAGAAGGUCAAUAAAUGACUGUGGUAAGGACCUAAAUACGAACGAAUCUUCUCCGACCAAAGAACGUAAGAUGCACAUGUGUUUAUUGUGUCCCUAUACAAAUCAACGUCAGGAUUCCCUAACAAACCACUAUAGGAGACAUGGUGAUACAGACGCUUUAACUGCUGCAAACCAUAAAUGUUCUCAUUGUGAUCUUGUAGUAGUACAGUCACAUUUUCUUCGGGAGCAUUUAAAGACACAUUUCAAUUACCACAAGACUCUUACGCCUGAAUGUUUUGUGGCAAACGAAGACGUUAGCUUUAUGAUAACUAGGAUUGAAGAUGAGGGUAGUAAACCAGUUGAUCUCAAGUUAAAUGUGCAAAACAAGAUAUUUGACUGCAAAGAAGAAAAAAUGUAUGUAAAGAUUGCAACAGGUGAACUGUUGGCUGCUUGGGAGUAA